AUGACCGACCUUUGUCUUGCCUGUUCUUCGUCUCUUCCACCCCAAAAGCUCUCAGAAUCCAAAUUAUUUCUUACACGAUGCUGCCAACAACCUAUCUGUCCGAAAUGCGUUACCCUGAAUCCUCGGCUGAGCAGGUACAAUCCUUGCCUUGCCUGUCUCGGCGGUGUAGACGUCAUUGGUGCGCAUAUGGGAGGCAGCAGACUCCAAUUUACUCCCACAAACUUGGAUGGAGCCGUCAGAGAUGAAGAUGUGUUCAUCGUUGGUGACGAUGAUGAGGACAAUGAAGACGAUACAACGACUAUGCCUCCCCCAGCGUAUACUGAAUCUUUGUCCGUAACCAACAUCGAGACUGCUCUAGUUGAAAGCAAUAUUGAUAAGGCUUCCUCUACUGAUGAGAUAUCGCCCAUUUCGGGCCCUCCGAAAUAUUAUAUCAAACGGACAGACACCCUUCAAGGAAUUGCUCUGCGUUUUGAUGUCGACGGUCGUGAACUCUGCCGACUGAACAGCCUCCCACCCAGCACGCUCUUUAUCACACCCCAUCUUCUACAUACCCGCGAAUUUCUCCUCCUCCCUCCCUCUUCCCUUCCGAAGCUCAAACUGUCGGAUUCUCAACCAAAGUCAUCUCGAGAAACAGAGCGCGCCGAAAAACGGCUGCAGGUACUAACGAAAGAAGUCGAUUGGAGGAUAGCGAAAGCUUACGUUGCUCUCGCAGGUGAAAUAGACUCGGAUUCUAAAUCGAAACAACCUGCGCCCACUGUAGAAGCGCGCGCUAUUUCGCGGUACCUUGAUGAUGAAGAGUGGGAGCGCAGAGAGGGUGGCCCAGCUGCUAUACAGAGGUUUCCCUACUCGGAUUUCGAGGCGGAGGCUCUACGCAAACGGAGCUGGUGGUGA